GACCAUGUGCCGUUUUCAGAUAUUCUAUGAACGUAACGCCAGUGAGCUUGUCACCGCUUAAACCGAUGUUCGCAUAACGUAGCGCAGAGGUUCUGUUUUCCGGAGCCCUGCAGCAUCGGCAGGGCCUUCCGAAAAAGAAGAGAUAGGAUCUUUGACUUCAACGGCGGGGUGUAAGCCCCGAACUUGAAAUCCGCCGAGAUGGAUAUGUCGAGUCCUGUCUUCAGCUUAAACCUCGGCACCCCACUUUCGGUGUCGGCGCAGGCCGACAACGUCGAGGAGCAGCAUCUGCAGCAGCUUGCGCGGCAGAUCCAACCGUCGCCGCUGCAGCCCCAACAACAUGACUCGCCCAUGCAUCAGUCGCCGUCGACGCAGCAGCGAAAUGCGAGCGUCAUACAACCUUACGCAGCGAGCACGGGGCUCACGCCUCAGUCCCUCAUGCAGCCUCAAACGCCUGCCGGCCACGUUCACUCUUCAUCGGGUGCAACACCGACUGGUGCUGGUUCAACACCUCACUCGGCAAGUGGAAGCAUGUUCCCAUCAACCCCUGGCCCACCCAUGACACCCAUCACUCCAGCAUCAGCAGAUCCUGGAAUUGUCCCACAGCUUCAGAAUAUCGUCUCAACAGUAAACCUGGGCUGCAAGCUAGACCUGAAGAAGAUUGCUUUGCAUGCGCGAAAUGCAGAGUACAAUCCCAAGCGUUUUGCUGCCGUCAUCAUGCGCAUCCGAGAGCCCCGAACCACAGCCCUGAUCUUCAGUUCAGGGAAGAUGGUGUGCACUGGAGCAAAAAGUGAAGAGCAAUCAAGGUUGGCAGCAAGAAAGUAUGCCCGGAUAAUCCAAAAGUUGGGCUUUGACGCAAAGUUCCUUGACUUCAAGAUUCAAAAUAUGGUCGGCAGCUGCGAUGUUCGUUUCCCUAUACGUCUUGAAGGCCUUGUCCUAACGCACAGCCAAUUCUCAAGUUACGAGCCUGAGCUGUUUCCAGGACUUAUCUACCGCAUGGUGAAGCCUCGUAUUGUUUUGCUUAUCUUCGUAUCAGGCAAAGUUGUGCUCACAGGUGCCAAGGUACGGUCUGAAAUUUAUGAGGCCUUUGACAACAUCUAUCCCAUAUUGAAGGGCUUCCGCAAGCAGUGACUGGUGCAAGCACUUUCAGCAGAAGACUUCAUAUGCCCUGUCAGCAUCAUUGUGCAUUUUGUAAAUAAGUGUCAUAAUCCAUGCGUUGCGGAGGUCACAUCGAUGGUUUGGAAAAAAACUCACCCAUGCCAGUGAAAAUUGUGUAGCAUGUUUUGUGAUGAAUCGUGUGUGCUACAAAAAGGAAGAGACUUUCGGGAUUGUGUUGCAACUCGAUGCAAGGUUUUCCACGCAACACGAGACAUUUGUAUGGACUAUGGUGGACUUUGCCGACAAUAGCUGUCCAGUUUCACUUGUAUAUAGUUGUCAAUUAGAAAAACAAUAUAUAUGACUUCUACUUCUGCA